CCUCCGGCGUGCAAUUAAACUUCCAAAUUAACGACCCAAACUGUGAGAAGAGAAGAGGAGAGGAGAGAUCUCGCAGUUGAAAGCUUUAAGUUUAAGAAAAUACCCUUUUUCUUUUCUUUCGCAGCCUCCUUUUCCCCCAUUGUUUUUCCUUGGUCUUUACAUUUCAGAUUCGAUCUCCGAAUUUUCACAAGCGCAAUUGUUUUUUAUUUUUUAUUUUUUUAUUUCUCCUUCAAAAGAAAAAAAAAAUCAUGGCGAAGAGUCAGAUUGGUGGAACCUUUGGAUUCUGGUUCUGUCUUUUCACGAUUUUGAUUUGCGCCAGGAUUUCGAUCUCUGUGAGGUCCGAUAAGGAGAUCAGAGAGAGAUUUUAUGGAAAUUUGUUGAACUCUACCGCACCAGAAUCUAACGACACCAUAGCCAAAAUGUUCGAUCGAGUUCUCGAGAAAGAGUUUUCCGAAAAUGAUCAGCCUGAAGGACCUGAUGAAAGCAGCUUUAACAGCAGCGUAGCUGAUCAACAAGCUGUUCUGGAGACGGUAGCCAAAAUCACUCAUGAAAAGGGCAAGAAAAAUGAUACACUAGAAGCCAAUGGCACAAGAUCUUUCCAGCUGCAAGACGUUUUUUCUUUGGAGAAUGAAGACUCUGAUGACAUGACAACCUUGAUUGAUAAAAAGGACAAUGUGUUUGUGAUGUCAAACAAGAAAUCGAAGUUUCCAAUUCUUCAAGUAGAUUUGAGACUAAUUUCCGACUUGGUGGUUGUUAUAGUUUCUGCUGCCAUCGGUGGCAUUCUGUUUUCUUGUUUAGGACAACCGGUUAUUGUGGGCUAUCUUCUUGCUGGCUCUAUCAUUGGACCAGGGGGGCUGAAAUUCAUUAGCGAAAUGGUACAGGUUGAAACUGUUGCCCAGUUUGGUGUUGUCUUUCUUCUUUUUGCUUUGGGGCUGGAGUUUUCCUUAACAAAGUUAAAAGCUGUGGGGCCUGUAGCUGUUUUUGGAGGAAUCCUCCAGAUCAUAACAUUUAUGUUCUUGUGUGGAAUAACUGCUAUGUUAUGCGGAGCAAAGUUGUCUGAGGGUGUUUUUGUUGGUUCUUUCUUGUCAAUGUCAUCAACUGCUGUGGUGGUAAAGUUUCUGGUAGAACGGAAUACUAAUAAUUCUCUUCCUGGUCAAGUUACAAUAGGGACGCUUAUAUUUCAGGAUUGUGCUGUUGGUUUGCUGUUUGCUUUGCUCCCAGUUUUGGGUGGUAGUAGUGGCCUUUUUCAAGGAAUGAUUUCAAUGGGAAAGCUGAUGCUUGUAUUAUCAAUUUAUCUCACUGCUGCAUCUCUGUUGUCCUGGUCAUUUGUACCUCGCUUUCUGAAACUGAUGAUGCAGUUAUCCUCUCAAACAAAUGAGCUCUAUCAGCUUGCUGCUGUGGCAUUCUGCUUAUUGUCAGCUUGGUGCAGUGAUAAGCUGGGUCUUAGUCUUGAGUUGGGUUCUUUUGUUGCUGGAGUCAUGAUAUCUACCACUGAAUUCGCUCAACAUACUUUAGAUCAGGUGGAACCAAUUCGUAAUCUAUUUGCAGCUCUCUUCCUUUCAAGUAUUGGGAUGCUCAUUCAUGUACAUUUUCUUUGGAGCCACGUGGAUAUACUUCUAGCAUCUGUUAUUUUGGUUAUAGUCGUUAAGACAGCUGUUGUCACUAUAGUUACCAAGGCCUUCAAAUAUAGCAUCAAAACAUCGUUCAUUGUAGGAAUAUCUCUUGCUCAAAUAGGAGAGUUCGCCUUUGUUCUUCUCAGUCGUGCUUCUAAUCUUCAUCUUAUUGAAGGAAAGAUGUAUCUGCUUCUUCUUGGAACAACAGCUCUUAGUCUAGUAACAACUCCGCUCUUGUUUAAAUUGAUACCCGCUGUUUUAAAUCUGGGAGUUCUUAUGCACUGGUUUCCCUCCGAGAACAACAUUCAGAUUGAGGUCUCUCUCUCUCUCUCUCUCAUUUUUCUGUUUCAAGCAGUAUUGCACAAUAAAAUACUAUAGAGGAUCCAUUGGUUAGCAGUGGUAAUAAAAGUUUAAUUGUUUUUACAUUCCAUAUGUUUUCUAACUGGAUCUGGGGACGAAGCCGUAAUCUAUGUGAGUGAUCGUAAUGGUCUGCAUUUGAAAAUUUAUGAAUGCCAGGCUGUUUCUAUCUAGAAGAACUAUUAAUAGCAACAUACAAAAAGAGAAUGCUCAAUCUAGUUGUGCAUUAGGCCAUAUGAGUAUUUGGGAAACUAUUCAUAGCCAAAAUCUUCUGCAAGCGAAGCAUUAGAUGAUUAAGCUUCUUCACAUUUUAUUCAUUUUCCUUUACUGAAGAUUGUGCCAUAUGUUUGUUGUACCCAGGAGUUAAUCUCGCAAUGUUCUCGUAAAUUUAAGUCUAAUUCUUUGCAUGUUUUACAGGAGAAAGCUUCCAUGAUUGAUUCGUUUAACAGAAUGUUAUGACCAUCCACGUUUUCCUAGUCUUGGGUCCAUAGGUUUUAGCUCAAUUGGCAACAAUUUUGCAAACAUAACUGGAAUAGGGCAAAUCUAAUGCCAAUUUCAUGGUAGGUUGAAGACAACACAGAAUAUGAAAUUUUGUUAAACUUAAAACUUUGCUUGGAGUUCUUAUGUACAUAAAUAUUCUUUUGACUGUAUUCUUUAGAUAUUUGUAUAUAGGAUUUCUCAAGGACCCGUUACACUUGUACACACGAGUCCUUGACUUCUUGUGACAUCACUAUAUAUUCAUAAUUAUCACAAAGUUACUCCAAAUAAAAUAGGCUACGAAAUUGUAAUACAGAAAAAUGUGACAAUAUUAGUAUAUUCAUUGUAUUGAGCUUUUAUGAUGCACUUGCUACCAGAUUUUAUGUUCUCUA